UUCAUCGACCUCUCGCCCUGGGAACGCGUGUUUUUCGUGGCAAGGAUCGUCACCUCGUUGAUGGUUGUCAUCCUAGCCAUCGUUUCUCUCCUUAGCAACAUCAUCAACGAUCGAUUCAACCAGUAUACGCUCACACUCGCGCAUGUGGACGUGUCAGCGGGGCUCUUUACGACACUCCGAUCCAACAUCGCGUCGUCGUCGUCAUCGUACAACCCGUCGAACCUGAACGGCGUGGGCUUCACCGCGAGCGAAAUAUACGUAUUGAGCAAUUACGUCGCAACUCAGGUUGAGGGCUCGCCACAGUUUGUUGCCUCUGGUCUUUGGAGCUGGUGCAUCGGGAACUACACCGUGACGUACCGCACGAGUGGCAGUGCUGGCGACUGGGUAAUUGAUGCCGGUACUACCACCUUUGCGUGUGACACUGCACACGCAAACUACGUGUUCGACUACCGGGAUAUGCUUUCCGCAAAUGGGCUUGACGUGAUUUUGGCCUACGCAUAUAACGGCGACGACCGCGAUGCGGAGUACCUCCUGUUUCUCGCCGCGAUGCACCGCACGAAGCGCGUAUAUGUCGCGGGAUAUGUGUGUGUGGGCGUAUUCCAGAUCCUCAUUCUCGUCGCGACAUUUGUCUCAUAUACCCGAACCAAGCACCGUCUUCUAGACGAAUCCCAUUUCUCCCUGACGCCCUCCUCCACGGUUGGCUCUCCGAGGGUCCGCUCCCCUACAAAACCUCGGAAACGUACCUCGGAUUCUCUCCUCCACCACGGGAUUGCAGUCCUCUCUCUCGCCACGGUACUCGCAUCCUGUGUUGCGAGCGCUGUCACAACCGCUGACGCGUUCACUCUCCAGAACCGCAUUGCGGAUGAGCUAAAAAGCUUUGGGAUCAUGCUAGUUAUGGGACGGCGCUGGUUUGCGUGCAUCUGGAUCGGCUUCGGUGCGGCAGCGGCGAACGCCGCCCUCUGGGGUGGACCCCUCUGGUGCGCCAAUCCCACC